CUCCCUUCAAUUUCUGUUUUUGUGCCUUUUCUUGGAAUCAAAGUUCACUUCUUUGUUGCUUUCUCGCUCAAAAUCGGCAAAUUAUUUUUUUGGGAGCUUCUGUUUAUGUUUAUUCUUGAAUCUUAAAUAAAGAUUUGGUGAGGGUUUUUUAUUUUGUUACUCAUAUCUGAUGGGGGAUUUGGGACUGAUUUCUUGCAAUUCUUGAUCAAGAAUUAGCAUUUCAUGAUUUAAGGGCGAGUUUGUGAAUGUGUGAUUUGGGAUUGGUACUAAUUGAUCAGCUAUUUUGGUGUUUGUUGAUGCUGUAGUUGGUUGCUGUGAAGAUUGAGGUGUAAGUUAGAGUAGUAGUAUGAGUGAUGUGUAUAGAUUUGCAAGUGCUAGUGCGAGCUCGAGUUCGAGUUUAAAUAGUAGCACAAAUGAUACAGAGGAUGAUCACACCAUUGCUGAGAUAUUGGCUGAGGAGGAGAAAAUAAGCUAUGAUAAUCGCAAGCUUGGCAAGCGGCUCUCUCAUUUGGACUCGAUACCGCACACUCCUCGGGUCAUUGGUGAUAUACCCGAUCCAAAUGAUGCGACCUUGGACCAUGAGAGGCUAGCUCAAAGGCUGGCAACAUAUAGCUUAGCUGAAAUGCAAAUCGAGGGAGACGGGAAUUGUCAGUUUCGAGCCCUCGCUGAUCAGUUAUAUCAGAAUCCAGACUACCACAAGUUUGUCCGGAAGCAAGUUAUCAAGCAGCUUAAAAGGCACAAAAGACUAUACGAAAGUUAUGUUCCGAUGAGGUACAAACACUAUGUGAGGAAGAUGAAAAGGCUGGGCGAAUGGGGAGAUCAUGUUACUCUACAAGCAGCUGCAGAUCGAUUUGAAGCCAAAAUAUGUUUGAUCACCUCCUUCCGCGACACCGGCUACAUUGAGAUCCUCCCAAACAACAGAAGUCCAUGUAGAGAGUCGUGGCUAAGCUUUUGGAGCGAAGUUCACUACAAUUCAUUGUAUCAAGCAGGAGAGGUUCCUGCAAGAACACACAGGAAAAAGCAUUGGCUCUUCUAAGGCUCGUUGACUCGUAAAUAGACAUAUUUCCCGACACAUUUAUACAUAUCCAUAUGCCAUGUAACUAGAGGCCACACCAAAUUAUUUCAUCUUUUAUUUUCUAUGUAUCUCUCAUAGUUACUCAAAUUUGCCCAUGAGUUAGUUAUGGUUGUUUAGUUAUAUUUGAACUUGAGGUAAGUAUUUGUGAUUUG